CUAGAUGGCACCACAUUUUUGUCUAAAGCUCUCUCUCCUUUUCACUCCAUCUGUGUGGUGUUAGAUGACAUACUCAAGAACCAUCUGGGAGAAUCAAACCAUCAUUUUUCUCCAUUAGAAGAUCGAUUUGUUGUCUACAUUGAAGACAACUGUCAAGUGUCAAAAAGAAGGCCCUGCGACAGUAACUCUGUGAGUGAGGGCCACAUGUACUGUAGGUGAGCUCUGCACAUGCCACACAAGCUGGACAGCUUCACUAAGGCAACACAGGAAACAUACUAAUGAAUGAAGACUCUCUAGGACACUACAUAGCUACAAUUUUAAAAACUUUUGACUUUUGAAAGGUUUCCUUCUUCUCAAAGUGAUUGUGUUUACAGAGCUUGACCUUAUAUAGACAGUGUUCAUUGGAGAGUUCAAGUGAAGAAGCCUAAAAUGGAGGUACAGAAAAUGUCAAACGGUCACCAUGAUCUCAGCCCUGACAAAAGUCCGGAGAGCGGAUUUGAUGCCCUUGAAAACAUAACAGAAAGCGAAACGUUUCUCCACGAUAAAACCAAUGGAGCAACUCAUUUUACAGAUUUUGAGGGAAAGACUUCUUUCGGGAUGUCUAUUUUCAACCUCAGUAAUGCCAUUAUGGGCAGUGGAAUUCUGGGACUGGCUUAUGCCAUGGCAAACACUGGAAUCGUCCUUUUUGUAAUCCUGUUGAUAAGCAUCGCUCUUCUCUCUGCGUACUCAAUCCACCUGCUUCUGAGGAGUGCUGAAGUAGUUGGGAUCCGUGCAUAUGAACAGCUCGGGAACCAUGCAUUUGGUACACCUGGGAAAAUCUUAGCAGGAUGCGUUAUAACAUUGCACAACAUUGGAGCAAUGUCCACGUACCUGUUCAUUGUGAAAAUAGAGUUACCUCAUGUUAUUCAGGGUCUUAUGGAACUGCCAGAUGACUAUAAUGCAUGGUUCGUUAAUGGGAAGUAUCUCAUCAUUAUCGUUAGUGUCGCAAUCAUUCUUCCCCUGGGAUUUAUGAAACGACUCGGGUAUCUAGGCUACACCAGUGGCCUCUCCCUCAGCUGCAUGGUCUUCUUUCUCAUAUCUGUCAUCUACAAAAAGUUUGUCUCAGUGUGUCCUGUAGAAGCCAGCAAAAAUGACAUUUUUGUCAAUGAAAGCAUAUACAACUCCGCUGACACUUGUGAAGCUAAAUUUAUAACUGUCAACCCACAGGUGAGAGAUAUCUACUGCCAAUCUUAUUAUCAGGUGUCCUUUUGGCUUUACUUUAAACCCAAUGAAUUUAAUUUUUUGUUUUUUAAAUCACAGACUGCUUUUACCAUUCCCAUUAUGGCGUUUGCUUUCGUGUGUCACCCUGAAGUGUUGCCCAUUUACACAGAACUCAAAAAUCCAAGCAAGAAACGCAUGCAAAAUAUUUCUAAUAUCUCUAUUUUGGCCAUGUUUGUCAUGUACCUGUUGACCGCCAUAUUUGGCUACCUCACCUUCUAUGCAAAAGUGCAGUCAGAGCUUCUGGAGAUGUACAGUAAAACAGACACCCUGAUGCUGUGUGUUCGGCUGGCUGUGCUGGUGGCAGUGACACUGACCGUUCCCGUAGUCCUUUUCCCGAUCCGCCGCGCCGUUUUGCAGCUUCUGUUCCCUGACAAACCUUUCAGCUGGGUGCGUCACAUCUCCAUCGCCGUGUGCCUCCUCUUUGUCGUCAAUCUUCUCGUUAUCUUCGUGCCCAACAUUCGUGAUAUCUUUGGCUUCAUUGGUGCCACAUCAGCUCCCAGCCUCAUUUUCAUAUUACCAGGAAUAUUCUACAUUUGCAUCGUGCCCAAAGAACAGGAGCCGUUGAAAUCUCGGCCAAAGAUCCAGGCAAUGGUGUUUGUGGCAUUGGGUUUCAUCUUCAUGAUUAUGAGUAUUACGUUCAUCAUAGUAGAGUGGGUCACUGGAAUGAAGUCGAUUGGUCCACACUGACAGAGAUGAGAGAGCACAACUGAAUCCUAAAGACCCAAUACGGAACACACAGGCCUGAGCCUGCAACCAGUGACCCAGGUUCAGUUUCAUUUAGCUUGAUUAAUAUCAAAUCAGAUAACUCCUAAAUGUCAAUAAGUCCAAAAUUAAAAGGUUUUCAAGGAGGACAGUUACCACAUCCAAGAAGAAUUAAAAAAUAAACACUUGGUAACAGAUAUUCUUGACUUGUUAUAGCCAUGAUGCUCUAACAACAUUUUUUUUUUUGAAAGCCAUUUUUACAUGCAAAGAUAUUACUGUUAUGACUGGCAAAUGGAAGUUCCUAAAUUACAUGGAUGGAAAAACUGUGAAACUAUGAUGAGAAUUCACUCAUCUCUAUUGCCAAACGUGUAAACAUGCAGUUUGAAGUCUACCUCCUACUAAACAGAGCAAUUUUAGACAAUUUUACAGAGACAGUUUGUGUUUUUUUUUAUUUUGAUCAGUGCAUAUUUUGGGAUCCAAAAGUCUUUCAUUAGUGAAAAUGUUUUGUUCCGUCCAUUACAAAUUAUAUUAUUAGCAUAACAUUUGAAGUGAAACAUUUGUGCAUGAUCUUAAAGGUCCACCAAGUAACAUUUGACACUAGUGGUUAAAAAACAAAACAGACAGAGCAUUGUUUUGGUUGUGCUUCAGCUCUGCGUGACUGUGGAUGAAUAUGCUAUCCCUCUGCUCAUAAAACAUUCACUACUUUGCUUAAGAGACAAGCAGUUUAGAUGGAAAGGAUCUCAAGCUGACUAGCUGAAGAAGUUACUGUAGAAAUAGCUAUUAUUAUUCCUUGAAAAUAAAUCUCAGUACAGUGCUACAACAACCAUAAUAGUUUAUCUGUUCAAUAAAAUACCUUACUCGCCAAUUACUCGUCAAUAAAAACGACUUUUAUAAUAUUCCAAAUAUGAAAUAGCUACCUCAGUUCUCUCCAAGACGAUGAUGAUUCCCAUUUUAUUAAGAUCUCCGUUGAGUUCUCUUUUUGCCAGCAGACUCUCCUCUAUUCUACUUUUAUUUAAACGAGCGAAAAAAACACACGGGUGAUUCCCCGGAGGUUCGAGAUUUAGCCGCUCUAUGUCAAACUUUCUCGCUCGCUUCCACAACUAUGCCUCUCUCAUACCAUCCACGAGUCGAAAGGAGCCAGAGCAACUUUUAUCUAUUUACGUAUAUGAGAAGACACGCACGGGUGACUGACGUAUAGUGCUUAAUGUCCUGCGAGAACCAUGCCGUCAGGUCUAAAAUGUAAACACUUAUUUUAGGCUCACUUUCAGGGUAAAGACAAAAACAAGUUUUGAAAGAAUGAUUAAAGGUCUAUUAACCUUACAAAAAAGUUACCCAGUGUAUCCAUAAUGUUAUCUUCUAUUCCCAAAACAUACAAUUUUCAUAUUUGAUUUUGAAUCCCAAGAUAUUCAAUUUGGUCUCAGACCCUUGGAACCCACUGUAUGUGAAUCUCAGUUAACUUUAUUUGUGAUGAAUGGUAUAUAUAUAUAUAUAAAAUACCGUUUAUAAUUUUAUUUAAAUAGGAAAAGUGUACAGUUUUGUGAUGAAUUUCAACAUUAUCUUUAAGGACAAUGUUUGAAUGUUAGAUGAAGAUCCUUAAGUAAAUGUAUUGUAUCAUAUGUAUUGGUACAUGUCUUAUUACAUCCAUCAAACAAAUGAAAUCUACAGUAUGAGAUGUCUUACAGUACAUCAACAGUGUUAGUGCAGUUCUUGCCGCUGUCAUAUGACAACAUUUCUUUAUUCUGUUUUAGAGAGGUGAAGGAAUACUAAUUAUCUUGUAGUGUUCAAGAAACACAGAACACUGUUUUGGCAUUUUUCAUGUUGUAUGUCAUUUUGUUUGUUGUAUAUUUUGAAAAUACUUUUUGAACAUCUUGAAAUGAACUUAAUUGAUUUCUAUGGUUUAUAUGGUGACAUGUUGUUACAGUGACAAAAAUUACACGCCAGAAAUGGACCGAACCGUAAUAAAUGCUGUAAAUCACUCUAUAUGAAAGGUCACUAUGACACGGCAUUGAUUGGGGUGUAGAACAGCAUUCAUUAUCCAUAAGCUUACUAAAAUAUCUCUGUCACUCCUAAUCAGUAUCUGUAAGUUUACAUGGACCACAACUAAAAUAGUUUCCUGUUGGACAUCACAACUAUUAUUAAUGUCAAUGUGUUUGUGUUUUGUAUAGUCUUUUAUGUACAUAUUGUGUGUGAUAUGUUGAAAUGGAAGAAACUUUAUAUCAUUUAUUGUACAUAAGAUGCACCUAUUCUAGUCUUUUUGGACUCAAUUGGACCUGAGUGCUGAGAUAAAAUUAAAAAUGUAACAUGCAAUGAAUCAAAAAUUUGUGGUAAACUAAUAAAAAGAUUUAAUUUAAAUUUAAUUACAUUUAGUAAUUCACAUUUCCUCAGGAUUGUUUUUUUUAAGUGCCUGACGACUUAUGAAAUGGAAACAAUUCAGCAUUCCACAGUUAAUGUUGAGAGAUACAUGUAUUUAUUGUUGAACACAUUGCGCUAUCUUGAAUAAUAAAGUCAAAACAUGGUUAAA